AUGGCUUCUUCUUCUAACUCAAAAACAGGCUUCCAUGCUCGCUCUAACAGUUUUCCCUCUAGACCAAACCCAGUCAUCUCCCUGCUCGACGAUCAUUUGUGCAGAUUGAGGGCUUCUGAAGAUGCCUCUACCUCAUCAUCCUUCGGAGGCAAAUUAAGUAGCCUUCAGGAUUUGCAUGAUUGUAUCAACAAGGUACUUCUUUUACAACUCGUCCAACAAGCCAUGGCCCAAGAGAAUAAUGAGAAAUGGGUUGAUGAGCCAUUAGAUGGAUCUCUUCAGGCCCUGGAUUUGUGUAAUUCUGCAAAGGAUGCCUUGACGGUUGUGAAAAAGGCAAUUUGCAAGGCCUUGAAGGUUAAGCAAAACAAAUGCACCUUCUCUUCCUCUAAUGGAGACCAUGAAACUACAACCAUGUUUAACAUGUUAAAAGAGCUUCGAGCAACCUCUCUCAAUCUCUUUGAAUCCUUGCUCUCUUUCAUCUCUGGACCAAAGACAAAGUCUGCUGGUUGGUCAUUGUUUCCAAGCUGGUGCACGGAGCAUCUGCAGAAGAAGAAACUGAAUCUUAUCAUAACGAUCGUGAGUUAUAAGGGAGAGUUGAGAGUUGGCGAAGAAGCAGCCUUCGUAGAUGUUGAAAAGUUAAAGUCCUGCAUAGAGAGUGCAAUUGAGGUGAUACUCAAAGCAGCCUGCGAAGUCCCAGAAGAAAAUUAA